GCAAUUUUUCAUCUUUAGGUCCUUCUAUUUUGGUGCUUUGGAAGAAGUUUUCUUGAAAAGAGUACAAAUUUACCUAUUACAUCCCUAUACUACAGCUUAGUCAUAUAUGGAGAAACCUGCCUAAUAGACAUUUUUAACAUGGUAUUUGCAACAGACACAUUGGAUACUUAAUUAAAUAAAGCAUUGCCUAUUUUUAAAGUACUGAUAAGAAAUAAAAUUCUCUGUGGAUGUGAAUCUGUGUAGUAGCAGAAGUGGAAACCUGAAGGCUGUGUCUGACUUUUGGGAUGAUGCAGAACUGCUCCAAGCAGUAAGCUGAAUGUUUUCAGACAGCAUUAACAGCAUCAGCAAACACCACUGUGUCAGCAUCUCUUAGCAUGCAGUGUUGGGAACUACAAGAGACAGUGAACAGUGCGUGAGAGCUGAUACUCUGAUGAUGGUUUAAACAGAUUCUGAUGGACAGAUCUGCUGUUUGGUUUCUUCACUAGCCUUGGAGAUGCUGAGAGAUAGAGAUGGCUGAGCUUAUUUUUUGUAAGACAAGAAAUGCAGUCUUUUAGGGGUUUCUGGAAAUAGAGAGGUCAUGCAGCCUGGAAGCUGUGAGCACUUACAAUCUCUAAGUCAUCAGAGAAAUGACGAAGAAGCAGUUGUGGAUAGAGGUGGAACACGUUCUAUUCUCAAAACACAUUUUGAGAAAGAAGAUUUAGAAGGUCAUCGAACAUUAUUUAUUGGAGUUCAUGUGCCUUUGGGUGGAAGAAAAAGCCAUCGUCGUCACAGGCAUCGUGGUCAUAAGCACAGAAAGAGGGACAGAGAGAGAGAUUCUGGACUAGAGGAUGGACGAGAGUCACCUUCUUUUGAUACCCCAUCACAGCGGGUGCAGUUUAUUCUUGGAACUGAGGAUGAUGACGAGGAGCACAUUCCUCAUGACCUUUUCACAGAACUGGAUGAAAUUUGCUGGCGUGAAGGGGAAGAUGCAGAAUGGCGGGAGACAGCCAGGUGGUUGAAGUUUGAAGAAGAUGUGGAAGACGGAGGAGAAAGGUGGAGCAAGCCCUAUGUGGCUACGCUUUCAUUGCACAGCCUGUUUGAGUUGAGAAGCUGUGUUCUGAAUGGAACUGUGCUACUGGACAUGCAUGCCAAUACUUUAGAAGAAAUUGCAGAUAUGGUCCUUGACCAGCAGGUCAGCUCAGGUCAACUGAAUGAAGAUGUACGCCACAGAGUCCAUGAAGCACUGAUGAAGCAGCAUCAUCACCAGAACCAGAAAAAACUCACCAACAGGAUUCCCAUUGUCCGAUCUUUUGCUGAUAUUGGCAAGAAACAAUCAGAACCGAAUUCCAUGGAUAAAAAUGCAGGUCAGGUUGUUUCUCCUCAGUCUGCUCCAGCCUGUGCUGAGAAUAAAAAUGAUGUUAGCAGGGAAAACAGCACUGUUGACUUUAGCAAGGGACUGGGAGGCCAACAAAAGGGGCAUACUAGUCCAUGUGGGAUGAAACAAAGGCAUGAAAAAGGACCUCCACACCAGCAAGAGAGAGAGGUUGAUCUGCAUUUUAUGAAGAAGAUUCCUCCAGGUGCUGAGGCUUCAAACAUUUUGGUGGGAGAGCUGGAGUUCCUGGACAGAACUGUGGUCGCCUUUGUCAGGCUGUCUCCGGCUGUCUUGCUCCAAGGCUUGGCUGAAGUUCCAAUCCCAAGCAGAUUUCUGUUCAUUCUUCUGGGACCCCUGGGAAAGGGUCAACAGUACCAUGAGAUCGGCAGAUCAAUUGCAACCUUAAUGACUGAUGAGGUAUUUCAUGAUGUUGCUUACAAAGCUAAAGACCGAAAUGACUUGGUGUCAGGGAUUGAUGAGUUUCUGGACCAGGUCACAGUUCUCCCUCCUGGAGAAUGGGACCCAAGUAUCCGGAUAGAACCUCCUAAAAAUGUUCCUUCCCAGGAGAAGAGGAAGAUUCCUGCUGUACCAAAUGGAACAGCAGCUCAUGGGGAAGCUGAGCCACACGGAGGACAUAGCGGCCCCGAGCUCCAGCGAACCGGAAGGAUUUUUGGGGGACUUAUAUUAGAUAUCAAAAGAAAAGCUCCAUUCUUCUGGAGUGACUUCAGAGAUGCUUUCAGCCUGCAGUGUUUAGCAUCUUUCCUGUUUCUCUACUGCGCGUGCAUGUCUCCUGUCAUCACCUUUGGAGGACUCUUGGGAGAGGCAACUGAAGGCCGUAUAAGUGCGAUCGAAUCCCUCUUCGGAGCGUCUAUGACUGGGAUAGCCUAUUCUCUUUUUGGUGGACAGCCCCUUACCAUAUUAGGCAGUACAGGACCUGUUUUGGUGUUCGAAAAGAUUUUGUUUAAAUUUUGCAAAGAAUAUGGGCUGUCCUACUUGUCUUUACGAGCCAGUAUUGGACUUUGGACUGCAACCCUGUGUAUCAUCCUUGUGGCCACUGAUGCGAGUUCCCUUGUCUGCUAUAUCACUCGGUUUACCGAAGAAGCUUUUGCUUCUCUUAUUUGCAUCAUUUUUAUCUACGAAGCCCUGGAGAAAUUGUUUGAACUCAGUGAAGCCUACCCAAUAAAUAUGCACAACGAUUUGGAACUGCUGACACAGUACUCAUGUAACUGUAUGGAGCCACAUAGUCCCAGCAAUGAUACCCUGAAGGAAUGGAGGGAGUCCAAUAUUUCUGCCUCUGACAUAAUUUGGGGGAACCUAAGUGUGUCAGAGUGCAGAUCACUGCAUGGUGAGUAUGUUGGGCGCGCCUGCGGCCAUGGCCAUCCCUAUGUGCCAGAUGUUCUCUUUUGGUCGGUGAUCCUGUUCUUCUCCACAGUCACCAUGUCAGCCACCCUGAAGCAGUUCAAGACAAGCCGGUAUUUCCCAACCAAGGUUCGAUCCAUAGUGAGUGACUUUGCAGUUUUUCUUACAAUUCUGUGUAUGGUUUUAAUUGACUAUGCCAUUGGGAUUCCGUCGCCAAAACUACAAGUACCAAGUGUUUUCAAGCCUACGAGAGAUGACCGUGGCUGGUUUGUUACACCUUUAGGUCCAAACCCAUGGUGGACAAUUAUAGCUGCUAUUAUUCCAGCUUUGCUUUGUACAAUUUUGAUUUUCAUGGACCAACAGAUUACAGCUGUCAUCAUCAACAGAAAAGAGCAUAAGCUUAAGAAAGGUUGUGGCUAUCACCUGGAUCUGCUAAUGGUGGCCAUCAUGCUUGGGGUGUGCUCCAUUAUGGGCCUGCCAUGGUUUGUGGCCGCCACAGUCCUCUCUAUCACUCAUGUCAACAGCCUGAAGCUGGAAUCAGAAUGCUCUGCUCCAGGAGAACAACCCAAGUUUCUCGGCAUCAGGGAGCAGAGAGUGACUGGGCUCAUGAUUUUUAUUCUUAUGGGAUCCUCAGUUUUUAUGACCAGCAUUCUGAAGUUUAUCCCCAUGCCAGUGUUGUAUGGAGUGUUUCUUUAUAUGGGGGCUUCAUCUCUCAAGGGAAUUCAGUUAUUUGAUAGAAUAAAGCUCUUCUGGAUGCCUGCCAAACAUCAACCAGAUUUUAUAUAUCUAAGGCAUGUACCACUCCGGAAAGUCCAUCUCUUCACAGUCAUUCAGAUGAGUUGUCUUGGCCUUUUGUGGAUAAUCAAAGUUUCAAGAGCUGCUAUUGUCUUUCCUAUGAUGGUGUUAGCCCUGGUAUUUGUGAGAAAGUUGAUGGACUUCUUGUUUACCAAACGGGAACUCAGCUGGCUUGAUGAUUUAAUGCCUGAGAGUAAGAAAAAGAAACUUGAAGAUGCAGAAAAAGAAGAAGAACAAAGUAUGCUAGCCAUGGAAGAUGAGGGCACAGUACAACUCCCACUGGAGGGACACUACAGAGAUGACCCAUCUGUGAUCAAUAUUUCUGAUGAAAUGUCAAAGACUGCCAUGUGGGGGAACCUUCUGAUUACUGCUGACAACUCAAAAGAUAAGGAGUCACGCUUUCCUUCCAAAAGCUCCCCUUCCUAAUCACUCUAGAAGCUGAUUCCCUAAAGCGUUGAAAGUGGAAAAGAGAAGAAAGCUGCCUCAGGGAAAGGUGUUGACAGGGAGACUUGUCUAUGACUUGAUCUUCAAUUGAUUUUUUACAUAUAUAUGAGAAGAGUGUCACAAUUAUUAAUAAAACUGCUUUGAUCAUGUAUUGUAAAUCCUGUCUCCCCUCCCAAAUCCACCUUCAUACUGUAAGUAGUGCAACUGCUUGUUCCAUUUCUGUGUUUAACCCCUGAGCAGUGUGACCCCCUUGUGAGCAGAUACAAUAGCUAAUGCAAGAGUGCCCCAUGUUACUACCGAUAGACAUUCACCAACACAACAUUCUCACUGUCAUCGUUAUGAGAACAAAGCUUUCUUAAGAAAAAAAAGUCAUAUUUACCUAGUUUGUAUUUUCCUACCUUAGUAACCUAAAGAUACCUGAUAAUUUUAUUUAGAAGAAUUUUGAAAGGUAGUUUUACUUUUUAUUUUUUAUGCCUUAGCAUUAGGGACUUGUUUUGAGAGACCCAAAUCAAAAGGCUACCUUGAAAGCAUUUUUAACAAUUGUAUGUAUGUAUUUCCUGACUUAAUACAAUGCAUUUAAUACUUAAUCUCUAACUGACACUUCAGGUUAUCUGAGAAAGAAACCUGUUCAUACCUUCUUAAAAGUCAUACGCAAGAGAGUCCUGUAGUGUUUGCUUAGAACUCAAGUUGUAGCCAUGUGGUCAAGUACAAGGCUUCUAUGAAAUGCUUUAGAGAUAUUUGAAGAGUUUUGUGAGAUUUUUUUUUUUCAUUUCAAGUCUUUACCAGAAAUGUGCUAUUGACUUUCUCUCCCAUUGACAACAGUUGCCUCCCAGAUACACCUAUGACAUACACACUUAUGGAAUGCCACAUGGUGAAUCAUUGCACAUGAAAUGCCAAUCCCCGUGCAGCUGUUCUGCUGAUAAUGGACACGCACUGCUUAGUAUUGGUCCCUAUCAUGUUGUCAUGUAAGAACAACGGGUCUCCAACUGUAAUUGUUUUUGCAAAGUUCUUUUCCACAUUUUAAUUAAUUGCAUGUUGUGGAAAAAAAUCUUUGAACUAAAAUUCAGAUUCUGUUAGAAAAGGUUAUGUAAAUAUUUCAGUCCAUAUGAAACCAACUUUACUAAGCUUAUUGAAACAGGAAGGAAGUGGUGGAUUUUUUUGAAUAUUACUAAAUAUAAAGUUCAUUUAAUUUUAGAUGAAUGUGAGUUAAUAAAAAUGAAAUCUCAUAGGAUUCUUAGUUCCUAAGGAUUAUCAAUAAUUGACAUCCUUAUAAUCUUUCAGUUUCCAAGUUUACCAGAAAAUUCAGAGCCCUGUGGCUUUUAUAAACUAUAUGUACUCUAUGUAAAUGCACAUAAUUGGACAAACUCCUCUGUUACUAAGUGAAGAACAGCAAAGCCUACAUUAACUUUGACAUUUUGAUAUCUUUUGAAACAAAAAUUUCUCACAGUCUUUUCAGGAGCCAUUUUUAAUGCAAUAUGAGCUAAAUUAUGAGAAGAAUUUGCAGUUAGUAAAGUUUGUAUUUAUAAAUGGUAAAGAAAAUGCAAAACUCUCUGUUCCAAAUGUGCUGCCUUUGUGUAUGUUGUAACCUGACACUCCAUCUAAACAUUCUCACUAUUUAUGAUUUAGCAGGUCAAUCCCAAAGCAGUCUCCUAGUGUUUCCAUAUAGUAGUACCUGUUCCGUUAAAAAUGAUCAGUGAAUUAAAACCUUCACAUGAUCACUGGUUUGAACAAGCAAUCAUCCUAUGAAAUUCUGUAUUUCUGAGUAUUUUUAUAGUAAUUUUGUUCUUGUGUGAAUUUUAAUGAUAUCUCUAUCUUAAUCUUAAUAUUUUGAAAUCACAUAAAAUAUAAGAAAAUGUAGUAUUAUAUAUUUACUCCUAAUUUCAGAUUCCUGGUCAAAAUUACUGAAUAUCUUGAAUGUAAUUUAUUGCAAUGUUUAAGUAAUGUGUAAAUGUGACUAGGAUAUUGUGUUUUUCAAAACUAAGAAAUGUUAUGUGGAAAUAAAUAUUUAUCCUAAUUAAUUUUCAUGCUUAUUUUAAAGUGUGUCCUGUCUUUAUUUUUCCUUCAUAUUAACCAAUAAAUCAGGUAAAGUAUUUUAACGGUCUAAGCCUAUUUAAAUGAAGACAUCCCCCCAUUAAAAAACAUUUGUGACAUAAAACACUUCAGGAGGAUUCAAACAACUUGAACUUUAUGAACAGAAAAUAAUGUGAAGUGUGUAAGGAUGCCCAUGCUCCUUCCCCUACAGAACAGGGCACGAAUAAGGUUCCCUCUAUGGGAAAGUGAAAAGCUCAUUAGCAGGAGCUGCACUAUUAGAAUUCAUGAAUUCCUGCUUUUAACCUGUGUGGGGAAGGCAUUCCCUAAAUGUACACUUUCUGUUUGCUGUAGAGGUCAAAUGGGACCACAAUUCUUUUGUGACCAUUUAGAUUGUUGGGAAGACUAUGUUCAGAACUCUACCUGAUGAUUAAUAUUUCUCUUGACUAGUAGGCUUGCUUGUAAUUGCCCCUACUUGGGAUGACUCAGACUCCUACCUACAGACAUCCAGUUUGACCACCAUUUGUUGAAGAUACUGUCUUUUUUCCAGUGUAUAUGUCCAUAGGUGUGUAGAUUUAUGUCUGGGUUUUCAAUUUGUUCCAAUUGAUCAAUAUGACUGUUUUUAUGCUGAUUCCUUGCUGUUCUUGUUACUAUAGCUCUGUAGUACCACUUGAGGCUGGGAAUGGUGAGACCUCCAGCAGUUAUUUUAUUGUUCAGGAUUUUAGCUAUGGGGGUAAUUCAGAUUCAGAGUCUGAUAGAGACACUCCCAUGAUGACUUACAGAUCUUUCAGGAUUCUCUUAGGUCUUAGGAAUGAAGAGUUAUUCUGUUUCCUGUCUGCACUGACCUCUCUGUUUCUGUCCAGCUAAAGCCAAUUCUCUCCUGAGUUGCUUUUAUAUCAUUGACAGACUGAUUUCUAACUUUUCAGUAUGUCUGUCUUGUAUAUCCAGUUAAGGAAAUAAAGUAAAAUGCCAUCUGGGUGGCUAACAUCUAUAACAUCAGCAUUUGGGAGACUGAGCUAGGAGGACUGCCAGGAUUUUGAGGCCAGCCUGGGCUAUCAUGGGUUUAUGAUGAGCAUGGUCUAAAUAGAGCAAGUUGCUGUCUUUUAUAUAAUGAGAUGGCAACCUUCUGAAAAUUUUAUGAAAGUCAUAUUGUCUCUAAGUAUGCUGAGAGGUUGUGGUUAAUAAUCAGAAAUGACUUGUGAUUUUUCACUGGGCAUAUUUAGAUGUUCUACUUCCCUUCAGUCCUAAUGACCUCAUUUCCUCUUACUGUGGACUGAGCUUAUAUCUAGGUCCACUUCCUUUUGAGUGUGGAGUCAUAGGCUUCUGCCAGGCAACCUCAUUCCUCCAUUUGUUUGAUGGUAACGGUGGUGUCUUAGCCUUCCCUGUUAACUCUAGAGGGUCUAAUUCUGUGCUCUUGUAUUUAUCCAGACAGCAAAAGUUGCUCCAGAAGCCUAAGUAAAAUGCUGUUGUUAUGAAUGAGAAAGGAUACAUUACAACAGAGAACUCCAGCAGUGCAUAUCAGACACUACAUAGAUCUGGCACAUGAGAACAUGGGCACUUAAGGCCAGAAUCUAUGCAGUGUAUGCAGCCACCAAGGUAGAAAAAAAAAACACAGCAAAAUGCUGUGGCUAGGUGGAAAGAAGACUGGAAAGGAAGAUGCUAGGCACUGCAUAUAUAUAAAUCUCAGCCAUGCAGCAGUUCUGAGGUAGGAAGGAGUUGAAUUCAAAGAGCCUGGAUAAUGUUCCUUAAAUACUAUGCUUGUCAUAACUGCUGGUUAUUUUGCCCUGUUUGUCUGAUUUCAGCUGAAGGGCACUAUAUCUCAAGCAGGAGGUGAGAAAGGAUUUUGCUCAUCCCUAAUAGGGUGUUCGCUUUGGUUCUUAGAAGCAGAAUCAGAUUUAGUACCAUUUCUUCUCGAUAUACUGUACUUUCUUCAUCACUCAUUUCUCUGUGAUAACAAUAAAACCAAAUCUACCAGUGGAAUCCAUUUUGGUGCUUACAAUUCACAAAAUUAUGAUUUUGUAUAGAAGUAACUUACAGAGAGGACCAUCCCUUCACAUACCUUCAAGUACCCUAAAUCUUCAUGUCUCUGAGGAUUCAUGCAAUCACUGAUCAAAAUAUUUCUAAAACAACUAUGUCUGUAUCAACAUAUAUUUGCUUUUCCCCUUAACAUUCCUUUCAAUAUAAUACACAGCAUUUACAUUGUCCUGGAUAUCACAAGAAUCUGGAGAUUAUAUGAAGUAUACAGAAAGACAAACUUCCAUUUCUGUAUAGUCUAAGCCACUUUACAGGAAAUAUUUGAAGAUCAUUGGAUUUUGUUUCCUGUAUCCACAGGAGAAUCUAGAACCAAUCCCCUGUAGAUACAGAGAGAUAGAGAUAAAGAUUUUGGUUGUUGAAGGGUUACACCAUUGAAUGUUGAGUAAUCCCACUACCAUGACGGAUGCUUUUUAAGAAAUUUCACAGGCUUGGAGAAUUGAUUUGGAAAGGCUAUGUAGAGUAAAGACUUCUAUUUAAUUUGUUAACAUUUAUAGUCUAUAACAGUGGUUCUCUACUUAGGGUCACAACCCCUUGGGGGAUUGAAUGACCCUUUCACAGGGUCACAUUAGACCAUCAGAAAACACA